AUGUCAUACUACCCCGACAACAACAAGCCCAUGAGCCCUCCGCCUUCCUACCCCCAACAGGGCUAUCCCCAACAUGGGGGCGCCCAGGACUACUAUAACCAGCCGCCGCAGGGCUAUCAGCAGGGCUACCCUCCGCAGGGCGGUUAUCAGCAGGGCGGCUAUCCGCAGAGCUAUCCCCCACCCCAGAUGGUAUACCCGCCCCAGGGCCAGCAGCACGAUCAAUCGAGAGGCAGUAGUAGUGGCGGCAUCUGUGCGGGUAUUCUGGCUGCGUGCGCUUGUUGCUGCUGUUUGGAUAUUCUGUUCUAA